AGUCUCCGCGGGCUGCGGCGCCCCGGGCUCCGACCCCGCGAGCCGGCGGCUGCCGCCCCUCGGCCCGGCCGGCGCUGCUGGCUCGGGCCCGCCGCGGACGUCGGUGUCCUGUUUCUCUUGACCUUGGGGACCUCGGAAGGUUGGACGUGCCAUGGCUAUGACCAGUGUCCGGGUGUCGGCCGGUGUCCUUAAACAGCCAGGAACCUGGAUUGGACUCUGGGGUGUGCUGCGAAAGACCUCUUCACACAGACCCUGUGCUUCCGGGAAUCGAUGUUCAUAUUUUUCAAGUACCAAGUUAAAGGCAUCGGAUUAUAAAACACUUCCCCAUAUUUUCUCUCUGAGACAUCCAGGGCUUUCAUUAUCCCCACAAUGUAUUUUCCCACUCUUUGUGAGACUCAAAAGUAAUAUAAGCUCUAAAAAGUCUUCUAAAAAAACUCUGCAAACGGUAGAAGGCGAAGAGGACUCCGAUGAGGAAAGUGACUCCGGGGAGAGAAGUGAGCAGGAGGAGGAGGAGGAGGAGGAGCCCGCGGGGGGCCCUGCCGCGGUCAGGGACUACAAGGACCUGGAGAAGGUGGUCCAGUCCUUCCGGUAUGACGUCAUCCUGAAGUCGGGCCUGGACAUCGGACGGAACCAAGUGGAAGAUGCAUUCUACAAAGGUGAACUCAGACUGAACGGGGAAAAAUUGUGGAAGAAGAGCAGAACGGUGAAAGUGGGAGACACUCUGGAUCUGCUCAUCGGGAAGGACAAAGACGCAGAGACGGAGGCAGUGAUGCGGAUCCUUCUGAAAAAGGUGUUCGAGGAGAAGACGGCAGGCGACAAGUACCGAGUGGUGCUCCGGAGGUGGAAGCACGUCCGGCUGCCCAGGAAGGGUGCGUGCAAAUGAGGGCGGAGCGGCCCAGAAAAGGAAGACCUUCUGUGGGAUCCACCGAGCCUUGUGUGAAGACGAGACUCACGUCUGCAGCCCCUGGCUGGCUGGACCCCCCUGGUGACCUGUGCCCCUCUGCACCACUUCCCACCUCGGCUGCCUCGCUUCUCCGUGGGCUUGUUCGUUUGCAGUGCUGGGACUGAACCCUGAGGCUGCUGAGCUGCACCCCCGCCUUCUGUUCUGGAGACCCAGCUCUGUCUGUUUAGCUCAGGCUGACCUGAGUCCUGGCCCUCCUGCCUCAGCCUCCCAGGUGGGUGGGAUUACAGACAUGUGUCUCAAAGCCCAGCUCUUUGUGCUUUUACUUAAAAAGUUCCUGUCCUGGGGCCACCUCCCCAGGGUUCUGGCCUUGUAUAGCAGAAACAAGCAAAGUCUGCCUUGGAGGUCAUUGGCCCUCUGGAUGACUAAGGAUCAGCCCCGGAAGGGGCCUUCCUCCACGCCCGAGUUUCCCACCCAUGCUGUGGAUGUCCUUCAGUUGGUCCCUGGGAGUCUGCACAGGGUGUCCCCACAGAUUGUAACUGGGCCCACGUGAGAGGGUGUGUUUAGAGCAGAGGUCAGUAAGCUAAGGCAGCCAGAAGUUUGUUUGGGUUUUUUGGUUUUGGUGCUGGGAAUCAAACUCAGGACUUGUGCCACUGAGCUACAUCCCCAGCCCAGAAGCUUGUUUUUGAAUGGCCCUCAAGCUGAGAAUGGUUUUUACCCUUUUACAACUUUCAAAAUAUAUAUAUAUAUAUACAGAGAGAGAGAGAGAGAGAGAGAGAGAGAUCUUAUGUGGCUUGCAAAGUCUAGAAUAUUUAGUAUCUGACCCCCUCGCAGACCAGGGUUUAAUUUUCAACAGGAAAGGGUUUUAUCAAAGAGAAAAGGAGCAAACCAGUUCUCAGCAGGGUCACAGGAGAGAGCAAGCACGUGGAACAGGACUGCAGGGACACACGUACUCCACGUCAUCUGACCAGGGCUCACAGUCAGCUGGUCUGGGCUCCUGGGCCAUCAGGAGGGCCAGCCCCAUGUGGCUUCAUCACACGUCGUGCCGUUGGACACCAGCAGGAUGGGGGUUCCUCUAUUUCUUACCUCUAUUUUGGAGGGAGGGAGUUGAGAUGGGUCCCCCUGGGUAACCCAGGCUGACCCUGAACUCUGCAACCCUCCUGCCUCAGCCUCGAGUGUUAGGACUACAGGUGUCCACCACCACAACCCAGUGGGUGCUUUUAUUCGUCCCAAAAAUUCGAGAACCAGGGACAACAUUGUGAAAGGUAACCUGUGUAACCCAAAACGUUUGGUAUUUAGGCCCACCCAUAAGUCCCAAGGCUUUCACCACCUCUGUUUCAGAAGACUCAGGAAUUUUUUUUUUUUUUAGUGACACAGAAUUGAACAGAGCCUUCACAUUGAGCUGUAUCCCCACCUUUUUUUAUUAUGAGACAGCUUUUUGUGUAUGUACGGGGGAUUGAACUCACAACCUUGCCCUUGCCAGACAGGCACUUGUGCCACUGAGCUAAAUCCCCAGCAAGACAGCACCUUGAGAUGGGCUCAGCCUUAUUUGGUUUUUGAGACAGGAUUUCUCUGUAGUUCAACUGGCCUUGAACUCUAACCCAGGCUGGCCUCCUGCCUCGGCCUCCUAAGUCCUGGGAUCAUGUGUGUGCAACCACACCCAGUGAACGUGAGUUUGAAGAACUAAACUCCCAGGAAGAAGGUAUGUAUCUAACAGGGAGUUGUUCUGUCGUACAACUUGUUCACGUGGCUUUCCUGAGACCCGGUGAGACAGUACGCUUCAUUUCCACACUAGCUGAGAAUGUCGUCUAGCUUCUGUGUCACACACUUUCCUCACCUUCUUCCCUCCCCUCUUGACUUGAAGCUGAGGGUGCAGUUUGGUGGCAGAGUGCUUACCUGGCAUGUACAGACCCUGGCUUUGAUCCCUGCACUGAAAAAAGUAAUAACUUAAAAAACUGGGUAAGGAGCCAGGAUUAUAGGCACAUGCCUGCAAUCCCAGCACUCAGAAAACGAUUGCUGUGGGUUCAAGGCCAGCCUUGGCUACACAGUGAGGUCAACUACUUAUUCUGAACUACUUAGUGCAAUCCUGUCCUACCAAACAGCAACAAAAACAGCUGGACAUGGUGGAUUAUGCCUGUUAUCCUAAUAUUGUGCUAGGCUGGGUCAGGAGGAUCACAAAUUCCAGCCCAAACUGGGUUACCUUGGUCUCACUGACCUCCCUGGUCACAUGGGACAAAAUACUGAAAGCCUGGCCUCACAUCUCUAAGGAGAAAGUUGAAAGGUUGUACAAGGCCCUAUAAGAGGGAUUGAGCAGGAAAGGCCAUUUGAAUGGCUGUUGGUGUGCUCAGUGUCUAGCUUAACUGAUUGGCGGGUUUGAUCCAUUCCCAAAUUCUGUUUCUAACAAACUAAGACCCCAAAAGGGUGUGAGGCAGGAAGAUCAAGAGUUUAAAGCCAGCUUGGACUUCUAAAGGCAAGAGCUUGUCUCAAAAAAAAAAAAAAAAGACGGUUGGGGAUUUAGCUCGGUGGCCUAAGUGCCUGCCUGGUAAGCACAAGGUUGUGAGUUCAAUCCCAGGUUCCACAAAAAGAAAAAAAAAAAAAAAGAGGCUGGGCAUGGUGGCACAUCUGUAUCUGAGCACUCAGGAAGCUGAGUCAGGAGGAUUACUUCGAGUUCAAGACAAACAUGGGCUACACAGUGAGCUCCAUGUCAACCUGAACUGCAUAGUGUCUCCAAAGAGAAAAAAAACUAGGACAUCUAAUGACAGAGAAUAAUGGUUUGGUCCUAUCGCGUGGCAAAAUCUGAUUUCUCAAGGUUACCUACAGUGCAAGGGACUUAAAACAUACCUGCAAAACAGUAGACCAAGCAUGCAAUUACUGAAGAUGCAUGGAACUCUUGUGACUCAUUUCCGACCCAAUGACAGCCGCUUCUGUGUCCUGGCAAAACCUCCUCAGUGGCCAUGUGACCCUGGUCAUGAGAAGUUUAAAAGACACGCGGGCCUGCAGGGUCUCAGGUUCUCACCUGGGGCGACUCUGCCUCCUGACUUCAUGGCUGGGGGUUCAGGCGGAACCCGGGGGUGAAGUGGGCACACGUGGGGGUCCUCCUUGCCCCCUCCAAGGGACAGUCCAGCCCCAAGUCUCAGGGGUGCCAGCGCAGCAGCCCUGUUCUGACACAUCUAGUUCGUGGCCCUUAUUUACACUUUUGGUUUCUCACACUGAGAAACAAUGUGUUUACAGGACUGGCCCUGUUCUAAUAAAUUUCAUAAGCCCA